UAUAACUACAUAACACAACCAGCUUUCACUUGUUUUGUCAGAACAAGAAGAUAUUAACCAAACAAUGUGCGAGUUUCAGACACACACAUUGUUUCAUCAAUGACUAAUUAUUCAUUCAUACUUUGGUGGAGUAGUUUUUCACUUCACUCUUAAUAGGUUGGAAAUAGAUAUUGAGUGGUUACUGGAUUCAUUCAUAAAAUGAAAUCUGGAUUUAAAAAUGGAUGGCCUUCGAUCGUUCGGUUUCGACUCAAACACAAAUCAGUUACACCCUUUUGCAUAUUCUCUAAAUUGAAGUCAGAUGGGAACAAACCUGGGAACACUCCUGUUUAUCUUAAUGUGUAUGAUUUGACCACUGUUAAUGGCUAUAUGUAUUGGGCUGGAGUUGGUAUUUUCCACACUGGACUUGAAGUUUAUGGAGUGGAAUAUGCGUUUGGAGCUCAUGACUAUCCAACAAGUGGUGUGUUUGAGGUUGAACCUAGGCAGUGUCCUGGAUUUAAGUUUAGGAAGUCGAUUUUCGUGGGGACUACUAGCUUAGAUCCGUUCCAGAUUCGAGAGUUCAUGGAGAACAUGUCUGCAAAAUACAAUGGUGAUAGUUAUCACUUGAUUGUCAAGAACUGUAAUCAUUUCUGUGAAGAUAUUAGUUACAAGCUAACCGGGAAUUCUAUACCGAAAUGGGUCAAUCGUCUUGCAAGAAUAGGUUCCCUUUGCAAUUGCAUACUUCCUGAAGCACUUAAAACUUCUACGGUUCAGCAUGAUUCGAACUUUCAAGAGAGUGAGAGUGAAAAAAAGAGACUACGAACGGCCUUCAGUUGCUUGUCAUCGAUCUCGAUGCCACAAAUGGAAGUACCAAUGUGUUCGUUGUUUCUGCAUUCUCACUAUAAAGGUUGCUUACCGCCGUGGCAGUUAAAGAAAUCUAAAAAAGACUCACUAAAGCAAAAAUGAAAAGAAGGAAUUAUUGUUUUCGGUCAUUCAAUCUCCUCUGUAAGAGCAAAAUUUUCUGUCAAUAGUUAUUUUGAUUCUCCAAGAUGUUUCAAUUUUUUGUCCUUUUUAUUGUCUAGCUUUUUUCCUUGUAAUCUUUGUCUGAUUCUGAAUUUCUGUAACAUAUAUUGCUGUGGAUGUUGCUUUUAAACAAAGACAUCCCUUAUGGAUA